AUGACUCAACACAACAUUCAGUACAAUUUUAGUAAUUCCUUUUAAAAGUCAAACUUAUGUUUUGCGGCUUUCUGAGCCCAAACGGAUGUAUUUUUAUUGGCAAUGUUAUUUUUCGAAGGAAACAAACGUGAAAUAACAAAAGUCAACGUUUCCAAGGAUUAUAUCCCGUCGUUUUUAGUUGUGGCAUAUAAUAUUAGAUUUAAAAAUAUUUUUUAAUCGUAUUUUUGUGCUUCGUUAUGACGUUUGAUUUUUAUAUCUGUUAGGUUUUUCAAAGCCCCAAACCUUUACAAUUUGCUCCAAAAAAGGCGCAGAAUUAUUUGAACAAUCUAAUACCUCUUUCUCUAUACCUACAUUUCGUAUACGAGAUCAUUGAAUAAUUUUUGGCAGCUAAAUACCUGCUACGCCACAAGACGUAUUUUACAAUCCAUCUUUUGCAGUUUCCACAAUUUAUUGUCGCGAGAAGUUGUCGAAUUCGCCGUCGCCGCGUUUAGCCGCGACUGAGGACUGGGAUUCGUCAGAAAACGGCAGUAAGUCCGGGGAGUCGAGUCGCUUCUACGACCAGUCAAACCUCAACAACAACGACCAUUUGUACAAAGAGGAGGAAGAGCUGAUUAACAUUGAGGACGUCGAGGAGUUGAAGGAUUCCGAGUGCUACGGUAAUCAGGAAAGGUAAGGGAUCUUAUCGUUUUGAGGUCUUGUAAGUACUGUUAUUGCAUCUUUUUUUUACUAUGUAAGCUGUUAUAAAGCUAGUAAACAUCACAAUAGUAAUUAAGCAUUAGAAAACAUCGUAUUUUACCUUUAAAAUUACAGUAAACUUCUGAAAUCUAAAAAUUUCAGCACAGAAGACGAGAAGUGGGAGCAGACCUUCCAGACAGUCAAGUCGGUAGUCCAAGACCCAGCCUACCUUCGCAUUCAUCGGCGACGCCAACUCGAUAUCGCAGCGAAACGUCGGCGACAAGCUGUUGAAAGUGAAGAAGAGCGUCUACAACGACUUCAACGUGAAGCCGAAGCCAAACGGAAGCGAAGAUUGAACGAGAGUCCGGAGAAGCGACAAAGACGUCUGGCUUUGCACGCUGAACGCAUGCGCAAGGCACGCAGGAUGAACAAGGAAGGUGGUGGUGCUGAGCCACGUGGUACCGUUGUAAGGCAGUAUAUCAACAACACUUACACUACUUACACACAACCGGGUGGGUAGUCUUUGCCAAUGAUAAGCUAAUGAUAGAUCAGUAAAGUAGUUCAGUAAGAGCUAAGUAAGGCCUAUAUAGUACCAGCAUUGCUAGUACUGAAUUAAUUUAGUAUUAGCAUGACUACUACUGAACUAGUACUGAUACUGUACUAGCCUUACUUAUACAAUAAUCACCCCACUGUUACAGUACCAAGUCAAUCUACUAAAAACCUAUAAUAAUAUAACCUUUCAGACCCAGAUGAACCCAAUCAAGUAUCAUAUCAACCGGAACGAGUACAACUCGUCAGUAUGCCUCAGCAUCAGCAAUAUCACACACAACCCGUGAACCAAGGCUAUCGUGGACCAAAUCAACAACCCACUGUAAUUACCGUACCUCUACCACAACAAACAAUGGGUAAUGGACCCGUCACAAUUCAUGUCACAUUACCUGAGAACCUUCAAGGUGGACAACAACAAGUCUUACAGGUAUGAUAGUUUCAAGCAAUCUUAAGGCCAUUUUUUAAAACUAGUUACAGUGUAACACAUUUAAUCCAUCAAAAAUUACAGUAAAAUCUUUUCAGCUCCCCCAACAAAUCCUAAUCCCAGCCCAAACCGGCCAGCCCAAUCAGUUCGUCCUAGCCAACGACCAAGGCUACAACAACAACCAACCAAUGCAUGUCAUUCGAAUCCAAACCCAGCCUCAGGCCACUCAACAGCCAUCCCAUAUUAUCAUUCAAGGACAACAAGGACCAGUACCUAGCACCAGUACUGCUCCUCGUCCAAUGCCCACAACUAGCGCUCUGCCCGCCCCCAGUACUAGUACAGGGCCACCAGUGGAACGAGUGGUACCACCCCGAUUCAAGAAUUUGACCGAUGAACAAAUAGCCAGACGAAGAAAGGCGAAUGCUGAACGAUCGAGGAGGAGAAGAGCUAUGGAGACACCAGAACAGAGAGCUGAGAGAAACAGAAGAACGGCCGAGAGAAUGAGGCAGAGGAGAGCCAAGAUCGCCGAAGCUAAAGGUAAGUACUAUAACAAAUGUCUUAAAACAGUAACAAAAUUCUAAAUAAUUACCAUUAGCAACAAUAUAAAAGCUCUAUAUCACAUUACUGUAGUUAUUAAAAAAAAUUGACACAAAAAAGAAAGACAUCAAGAAACUGAUUUCAAUAUAAGGAAAGAUAUUCAAGAAAAGCACAAAUAACAAUAUAAUCUCUGAUUUUAGUGCCACCUCCCCCACCAAAAAUAAAAACCUUAUCUGCGGAUCGAUUUGAAGAGAUCUACCGUAGUGUAAUAGGUCAGACUUCUGAACCAAAAGAAGAAGAUGAAGAUAAAAACCACAAACUCGAUCACAACAUCCCAGAUCCUAAACAAAACCCCGGGCAAGGAUACCAUCCAUACACAACAACACAAAGUGUCAUGAAUGGUCAUAUGAUUGUUAACCAAGUAAGUUUUCACAACUAUAUAUUGUAAAACCAUGAUAACAUAAGAUGUUCUGUAACAUAAUAUUACAUAUACAUCUUUUAUGACAGUCUUAGUAAACUUUUGAACGUUUCAGCAACCAGAACUCACACAUACUUAA